UCGAUUUCUGAUCUUUCUCUCUUGAUUCUUCGGUUUGUUUAAAUCAAAUUCCUGAGGUUUAUCUUUGGAAGCUCAAAAGCUGUUUUCAUAAAAGCUCCCACUCGCGUUUCCCUUGUGCCGUUUUCGUGCAAGUCCUCUUUGAUUUCGCCGUUACUCUUCCUCGCAGCUUUGAUUUGUUGAGAUUUUAAGUUAAAAAUUGCAGCUGCUGCGUACAUCUGUUGAAAUCCAUUAAUCGCAUUUCUGUGAAGAAGAGGAAGAGAAUGUUGUGUGCUUGUUCAGGCGAACAGUUCCGGUUCGAUGACCAGCCUGGCUCGCCGGAGUCACUAGCUACACGAGACUUCUCAGCUAGUGGCCUUUCUUCUUCCAGAACUAGAGAGGGAGCCGAUUGGGAUUCAAAACUCGAAGAGUCUCAAGUGGAUGAAGCUGAAUCGACUCUAAAAGAGGCUCUCUCCCUCAACUACGAGGAAGCUAGGGCUUUGCUUGGGAGACUUGAGUAUCAGAGAGGUAACUUCGAUGCAGCGCUUCAGGUCUUUAAAGGGAUUGACAUUAAGCUCCUAACUCCCAGGAUUACCAAAGCCAUUGUCGACAGAACUCGUCCUUGCAAUAAACCACCACGCUCCUCCAAAGCUGUUACUCUCCCUCCUCCUCCAACCUCCAUGUCAAUGCAUUCCGUCAGCUUGCUUCUUGAAGCCAUCUUGCUUAAAGCUAGAUCACUUGAGGAACUCGGCUCUUGCAAAGAAGCUGCAGAGGAAUGCAAACUAAUCUUGGACAUGGUUGAAUCUGCACUACCAAGUGGCAUGCCUCCUCAAGGACUCAGCGGAUUCGAUAAACUGCAGGAAGUUUUCCACAAGGCGCUCGAGCUGCUUCCUUUGCUAUGGACGAAAGCUGGAGACUUUCAUGAGACCGUUGCUUCGUAUCGCCGCGCUUUAUCCAGACCGUGGAAUCUGGAUCCUCAAAGGCUAGCUGUUACGCAGAAGUCUUUAGCUUUGGUUUUGCUUUACGCUAGUGUUGAGGCGAGCCCCAAGGACAGCAUGGAGGAUGCGAUUGUGUUGUUAAUGUUGCUUGUGAAGAAGAUGGUGGUUGGAGUAAUACAGUGGGAUGCAGAACUCAUGGAUCAUCUGACUUACUCUCUUUCCAUGGUUGGACAGUUUGAAGUGUUGGCGAGCUAUCUGGAGCAGAUUCUUCCUGGUGUUUACACUAGAGGGGGGAGAUGGUACCUGCUCUCGCUUUGUUACAGUGCUGCAGGGAUCGAUAAAACUGCCAUUAAUCUAUUGAAGCUGGCCCUUGGUCCUUCCGAAUCAAGACAGAUACCGCAGGCUUCUUGGUUAUUGUUUGGGGCAAAGCUAUGCUCUGAAGAUCCACAACACUCAAGGGACGGGAUAAAUUUUUCUCACAAGCUGCUCGACUUGGCUAAUAAUCAGAGUGAACAUCUUUUCCGCCAAACGCACAGGUUCCUUGGCGUAUGCUAUGGAAACGCUGCAAGAAGUUCUAAACUAGACUCUGAGCGGAUUUUACUUCAGAAGAAAUCUCUAUACUCUCUAAAUAAAGCCGCAACGAUGGGCAAGGGUGAUCCGGAACCAGAUGUUGUAUAUAACUUAAGCGUUGAGAAUGCGUUUCAAAGAAACCUUCAAGCGGCUUUGGAUGGCGCGGUUGAGUAUUCUAGUAUGGUGGGAGGAGUUUCAACUAGAGGAUGGAAACAUUUAGCUGCUGUCCUUUCAGCGGAGAAACGGCUCAAGGAUGCUGAAUCUAUUCUGGACUUUACAAUGGAAGAAGCUGGUGACAUGGAAAAGUUAGACCUUCUGAAGUUGAAAGCUGUGCUUCAGAUGGCUCAAGAACAACCUAAGCAGGCGUUGAAGACAUGCAGUAACUUUCUGGCUCUAAUCCGGGCGCAGGAGAAGUCUGAACAAUCCAAGACUCUGCUAAAGAAAUAUGAAACUGAAGCUUGGCAAGACCUGGCCUCUGUCUAUGGAAAGCUAGGUUCAUGGUCAGACGCAGAAACAUGUCUAGAGAAGGCAAGAUCCAUCUGCUUUUAUUCUCCCAAAGGCUGGAAUAAAACAGGUUUGUGUCUCGAAGCUAAAUCACUUCACGAAGAGGCUUUGAUAGCCUUCUUCAUGUCACUCUCGAUAGAUCCAGACCACGUGCCCAGCAUUGUUUCUAUAGCAGAGGUUAUGAUGAAAUCCGGAGGUGAUACACUUGCAACCGCUAAGAGUUUUCUGAUGAACGCCUUACGGUUAGACCCGAAAAGUCACGACGCGUGGAUGAAGCUAGGACAUGUUGCUAAAAUGCAAGGCUUAUCACAGCAAGCUGCAGAGUUUUACCAAGCUGCGUAUGAACUAGAGUUGUCGGCUCCGGUUCAGAGUUUCAUCUGACUUGCAAAAACUCGGGCAGAAUCAGGUAACAAAAUCUUCUUCAGCCUCUAAACAAAACUUGCAGAGUGGCAGGUUCUUGAGAGUAUAACUUUUUUGAUGAUUAGAGUGUGAAGUUGUACUUUUGUUGGAUGGUUGGUUAUGUUAUAUAAGACAGUAAGGGUUAUAUCUCAAAAUCUACCUAAAUGAAUGUUACAGGCGCUUCCUUAGAUGAGUAACUUGCUGUUCUUCA